AUGGUGUUGGCGAAUUCCGCUCGAACCAAGCACCCUCUGUUCUUAAUCAUCCGCACGACGAAGUCCAAAGGCAAGGCCGUCGUGCAGGAGAACCUUGUUGAGCGACAAGGCUUAGGUAAACGGCUGUGGGAGUCUGUCGAGCCUAUGGAAGCCAAGUUCAACUACCGGAUCUACGGAAAGCCCACGGAAUGA